CAACGAUUAUUUCGAUUAAAAGCGUCUAACAAAAGCUGUGUUCUAGCGACACCUCGUGGCCACUGUGGCGCUCUGCAGCUGUUACACGCUGUCUCUCUUCGGUGAACCGGUUAACUCCGCUGUGGACUCGCUGACCCCGCUUCCAUGGGCUCUGCUGUAAUGCCUGCGCAGCUGGCGCCAGGUGCUCGAGGAAACCGUUUGAAGACAUUCAAAAAUGUGUUCUUAUCAUUUGUAAUCACAAUUUACGUCGAAAGAUGCGGAUUGUGAAUUCCCCUCUUUUAAAUCAAGUCCCUGUCGCUUUAAAGCUCCAGACAAAACGACCCAUAUGAUUUUCGACCUCCAAUCAUCAUCACUCCCCUGGUUGAGAGUGCGAGCUCUUCUACAUGCGGACAUGGCGAAAAAGGACAGAUGUCUAAACAGAAGAGCACAAUGGGGAUAUAAAUGAUAGCUAUUUUCAUGAAAACGAAGCACUGAAAUGCUAAGGAGAGGAGACGGUACUCCUUCGAGGCAGAGACCACUGAAUCACCAUGGUUCUCAUAGUGGAGAAAACUGCUGAGCACCCAUCUGCAGAGUUCUCCCUCAUUGAGGAUGAAGCCCUUCACUGCAUGUUCUUGAUGGACAGGCUGAACAAGCAACGUCUGUUCCAACCUGAUCUAUGUGACGUGGACAUCAUCCUCCUGCACCACCAGACUUCUUUCCAGUUCCAGGCCCACAAGGGUGUCCUAGCAGCCUACAGCCCCUUCUUCCACUCACUCUUUGCAUCAAGUAAGGAGCUGCGGCGUGUGGAGCUCUCUCUAGAGGCCCUCCAGCCUCAAGGCCUGCAGCAAAUCCUCAACUUCAUCUACACCUCCAAGCUGCUGGUCUCCAGCUGCAAUGCCCACGACGUGCUCAAAGCUGCCAUGGUGCUCCAGAUGAGCAACAUUGCCACUUCUUGCAGUGAACUCAUUACCAGAGGCUCGCUGGAAAUCAGUCCCGGCGUGGACCAAGCCAAGCAGGACGUCAGCUCUCAGAGCUGGAGCAACAGCACCUUAGUAAACACCAACUUUCAGAUGGAAAUCAAGCAAGAGAAGGACCCCACCUGUGCCAGAAUCUAUGGAGGGAAAAGUGAAGAGAACUCCUAUGCUGUUCAAGUUGGUGAUGGGCGUCAAGUGCAAGUAGGCGCUUAUAAGGUAGAAGGGAAGGAAUCGGGAAACCUGAAGGACUCUGAAGAACUUGAUUCAUUUAACAGAGAGCAAAUAAUUGUCGAGUUGAAUUUGAACAACCAGACCCUAAAUGUGUCCAAAGGUUUAGAGGGCAACACAGCAGCUCAGUCACCCUCAGCACAACAGCUUCCUGGAAAAGGAAGGAGGAGCGAUGCGACUGUUGAGGAAUCAAGAAACAAUGUGGCCUUGGAGGAGGAAGAAGAUGAAGGUGAGCAAAGUGAAGAUGAUGAUGAUGAUGAUGUGAGACUACAAGGCACCAGUGAGGAGGACGGUGACCACACAUUACCUGUAUUCAUAUCUGAAAGACCACUUCUCCAAACCCAGGCAUCUGCUGAUGUUUUAGCUGUGGUCUCCAAGAAAAGCGGUGUGAGAGUGAGGCAAGAGACGGCUCAUGGUGGGACCGGGGACGAGAGUCUGGACCAGGAUAGCUUGAAGUUUCAGAGUUUCACCUGUGUGAGGUGCCCCAAGACGUUCAACAACCGCUGGUAUCUGGAGAAACACAUGAACGUGACACAUAACCGCAUGCAUAUCUGUGACAAGUGUGGAAAACGCUUCCUUCUGGAAAGUGAGCUACUGCUACAUCAGCAGACCGACUGUGAGAAGAGCAUACAGUGUCUAACUUGUGGAAAAGCUUUCAGGAAGCUCUGGUCGCUCCAUGAGCACAAUAAGAUUGUUCAUGGCUAUGCUGAGAAGAAGUACACUUGUGAGAUCUGUGAGAAGAAAUUCUACACAAUGGCUCAUGUACGCAAACACAUGGUCGCCCACACAAAAGAGAUGCCAUUUACCUGUGAGACAUGUGGCAAGUCCUUUAAAAGGAGCAUGUCUUUGAAGGUCCACUUUCUCCAACAUUCAGGAGAGAAGCCUUUCCAGUGUGAGGUCUGCAGUGAGCGUUUUCAGUAUAAGUAUCAACUGCGCUCCCACAUGAGCAUCCACAUCGGACACAAGCAGUUUAUGUGUCAGUGGUGUGGGAAGGACUUCAGUAUGAAACAGUAUUUCGAUGAACACAUGAAGACGCACACAGGGGAGAAACCGUAUAUAUGUGAGAUCUGUGGGAAAAGCUUCACGAGUCGACCCAAUAUGAAGCGGCACCGGCGCACGCACACGGGAGAGAAGCCUUACCCCUGUGAAGCGUGUGGCCAGCGCUUUCGCUUCUCCAACAUGCUGAAAGCUCACAGAGAGAAGUGUUCCCAGGUCAGGAACCCACCACUGCUGGACUCCUCCACUAUAUCCAAUCAAACGGAAGCUGUUGCAAACCAAGAACUGCCGGUCGGGAUGGAAACACUGAGAGCUAUCAGCCCACAUCUGCAUGGCAUAGUCUCUUUUCCAUCAUCUGUUCUCCACUCAGUGGAUGGGGGUCCGUCACAUUCUCAGCUGCGUUCCCUUACGCCACUCUACUCCAUUGGAAGGACAGACUCCAGGAACCUGUAACUACUGCUCUGUAUUAUCAUAAUAUCAUGUUUCUUUGUGAUGCAGAGGUUUUUAUGUAGCAAAGAGCAUGGGAUUUUAUGUUAGCCUUGAUUUGUUUGCAUAUGUCAUAUUCUCUGAUGUUCUAAUACUCAUUCUAAUAUCCCUUCCAUUCCCAUCUCAAAUGUUGACAAGAGUCCUCUGUGCUAUGAUAAACCCUAGUUAGGAAAAAAAGGAUUAAGUGAAAUACUUAAACUAUUACCCAGAUGUAGAAUACUAAAUGUAAUACAUAUAUGCUUUUAUGUACAGUAUAUUUACAAAAUAAUAAUCAGUUUACAU